AUGUCUUUCUCUAAGCCAUCUGUUCUCUAUCUGGUUGCAACAGCGAUUGCAACCAUAUCGAUUGGCUUCGGCAUUAAUGCCAUCGUGCGCCCAGACCACGGCCUCACCUUUUUCGCGUUCCAGCCACCCGCGGAUGUAGCACUUCACCGCAUGGUCGACAGCUUGAUGGCGAUUUACGGCAUCCGAGACAUCUUUAUGGGUCUUGUUAUCUACGCAACCGCCUACUUUGGGACUCGUCAGGCAUUGGGCUGGACCUUGAUUCUCAACAGCGCGGUGGCCGUUGCCGACGGUGCGGUGUGCUGGACCCAUGGCCAGGGCCAAUGGGCACACUGGGAAUAUGCUCCGCUGAUUGCGAUGACUGGAACCUUCAUUCUUGGCGUGGAUCACUCGUAA